AUGUCUGACCUUGAAGAGUUUAUCCGAGUUGCACGGAAAGCUGUUGAAGCAUCACCAGAAGAUCAUCCUGACCGGGAUAAGUAUUUGAACAACCUCGGAAUUGGGCUUAGGGACCGAUAUGAAAGGACGGGGGCAAUGGCUGACCUUAACGAGUCUAUUCAAAUUUUCCAGCAAGCUCUCAGAGCAACGCCAGAAGACCAUAGUGACCGUGCUACACGUUUAGACAAUCUUGGAAGUGCACUUGGCGACCGCUAUACCAUCACAGGAGCAUUAGCUGACCUUGAAGAGUCUAUCCAGCUUGGACAGGAAGCUGUUGAAGCAACGCCAGAAGAUCACCCUGACCGGGGCAUGUUUCUAAACAACCUUGGGCGUGGGCUUAGGGAUCGAUACGAAAGGACAGAAGAAGUGACUGAUUUUAAUAAGUCUAUACAACUUGGCUGGGAAGCUGUCAAAGCAACGCCAGAAGAUCACCCUGAGCGUGCUAUGUAUUUGAACAGCCUAGGAAAUCAACUUGCGGACCGAUAUGAAAUGACAGGAGCAAUGGCUGACCUUAACAUGUCUAUCCAACUUGGUUGGGAAGCUGUCAAAGCCACGCCAGGAGAUUAUCCUGACCGGGCUAUGUAUUUGAACAAUCUCGGAAGUCAACUUGGGGACCGAUAUGAAAGGACAGGGAAAAUAGCUGAUCUUGGAGAGGCUAUCCAGCUUGGGAGGGAAGCUGUUGAUGCAACACUAGAGGAUCAUCCUGACCGGCUUAUGUAUUUGAACAAUCUCAGAAGCCAACUUGAGGACCGAUAUGAAAGGACAGGAGCAUUGGCUGAUCUUGAAGAGUCUAUUCAGAUUGGAAGGGAGAUUGUCAAAGCAACACCAGAAGAUCACCGGGCUAUGUAUUUGAACAAUCUCGGAAAUCAACUUAGGGACCGAUAUGAAAGGACAGGAGAAAUGGCUGAUCUUGAAGAGUCUAUUCAGCUUGGACGGGAAGCUGCUGAUGCAACACCAGAAGACCAUCCUGAUCGGGCCAUGUAUUUGAAUACACUUGGAUCUCGACUUAGAAGCCGAUAUGAAAGGACAGGAACAAUGGCUGACCUUGAAGAGUCUAUCCAAUUUGGACGACAGGCCGUUGAAGCAACACCAGAAGAUCAUCCUGACCAGGCUACGCGUUUAGAUAACCUUAGAAGUUCGCUUGGCGACCGAUAUACAAGAACAGGAGCAAUAACUGACCUUGAAGAGUCUAUUCGAAUCGGGAGGGAAGCUGUUCAAGCAACACCACAAGAUCAUCCUGCACGGGCUAUAUAUUUGAACCACCUUGCAAGUGGACUCCGGGACCUGCAUAAAAGGACAGGGUCAAUGGCUGAACUUAACGAGUCUAUCCAAAUUGGACGUGAAGCUGUUCAAGCAACACCACAAGAUCAUCCUGACCGGGCUAUGUAUUUGAACAACCUUGGAAAUGAGCUUGGCAACCGAUAUGAAAGGACAGGGGAAAUGGCUGAUCUUGAAGAGUCCAUCCGAAUCGGACGGGAAGCUGUCAAAGCAACACCACAAGAUCAUCCUGCACGGGCUAUGCAUCUGAACAACCUUGGGAGUGGGGUUGGUGACCGAUAUAAGAGGACAGGAGACAUGGCUGAUCUUGAAGAGUCUAUCCAAAUUGGACGGGAGGCUGUUGAAGCAACACCACAAGAUGACCCUGACCGGGCUAUGUAUUUGAACAACCUGGGAUGUGGGCUUAGAGACCGGUAUGAAAGGACAGGAGAAAUGGCUGACCUUGAAGAGUCUAUUCAAAUUGGUCAGGAGGCUGUUGAAGCAACACCAGAGUAUCAUCCCGACCGGGCUAUGUGUUUGAACAACCUUGGCCGCGGGCUUAGGGACCAAUAUGAAAGGACAGGAGCAAUGGCUGACCUUGAAGAGUCUAUUCGAAUUGGACGGAAAGCCGUUGAAGCAACGCCACAAGAUCACCCUGACCAGGCUAUGUAUCUAAACCACCUUGGAACUGGGCUUAGGGACCGAUAUGAACGGACAGGAGAAAUGGCUGAUCUUAGAGAGUCCAUCCAAAUCGGACGGGAAGCUGUUGAAACAACACCUGAGGAUCAUCCUGACAGGGCCACAUAUCUCACUAACCUCGGAAAUCGACUUGGGGAACAAUAUACAAAGACAGGAGCAAUGGCUGAACUUAACGAGUCUAUACAACUUGGACGGGAAGCUCUUAAAGUAACACCAGAAGAUCAUCCUGAACGGGCUAUAUAUUUGAACAACCUUGGAAGCGGGCUCAAGGACCGAUAUGAAAGAACAGGAGCAAUGACUGACCUUGAGGAGUCUAUCCAAAUUGGACGGCAAGCUGUUGAAGCAACACCAGAAGAUCAUCCUGACCGGGCUAUGUAUUUGAACAACCUUGGAGACGGGCUUGGUGACCGAUAUGCAAAGACUGGAGCAGUAGCCGACCUCCUUGAAGCUAUUUCACAUCAGCAGUCUGCUUUACGACAACAAAGCUCUUUCAUUGCCACUCGAGUACAAGCUGGCCAUUGUGCACUUCGGAAUCUUGCCAUUCUUUCAGACUGGCAGCAGAGCUACGAAGUCGCAGAUAUCGCUGUUCAUCUCGUUCCUCGUUUAACGGCACGGUCACUUGAAAACUCUGAUAAACAACAUUUGCUUGGUGAAGUAGUGGGCCUUGCUUCUGAUGCAGCAUCUGUCGCAUUGAAUGCGCAAAAGGGAGCCGUGGAAGCAUACCCUGCCCUGGCCACGCGAUUUGUUCAGCUUCGGGAUAUACUAGGCAAGCCUUCUACGCGCAAUGAAUUUUUGACGACUACAAAUCCCACGACUUCUGGGCAGGCUCAAGCGCGUCAGCGUUACAAUGCUGACAGAGAACUUGACAAGUUGAUCAUUGAGAUUCGAAAACAGCCGGGAUUUGAUGACUUUUUGCUAGCGCCGAGUGAAGAUGAAAUGCGACUUGCUGCGCAGAAGGGUCCUAUUGUAACAAUAAAUGUCAGCCGGUACCGCUGUGAUGCAAUCCUGAUUGCACAGGAUAAAAUAUCUUCUCUGCAUCUACCCAACCUCACCAGCGAAGAGAUCGAGGAGAAGGCAAAGACAACAGAUGAUUUGGGAAGUCCUAUUAUCCUAGAAUGGUUGUGGGAUGCCAUCAUGCAUCCUGUUCUAGAAUCGCUAGGAUUAGACCGAUCCCCAUCUGGCAACAAUUGGCCACACAUAUGGUGGAUCCCGACAGGUGCUUUGAGCAAAUUCCCUCUCCAUGCAGCUGGAUAUCAUGGUAGAGGUACACAGGAGACAGUGCUUGAUCGGGUCAUGUCUUCCUACAGCUCGUCUGUUAAAGCGAUUAUACAUGGACGUCGACGUCCUGCUAAGCAGCCAACUUCGGCACAUGCACUUCUAAUUGCUAUGGAGCAUACACCAGGGAAUUCCAGGCUUCCAUUUGCAGCUAAGGAAAUAGCAAUACUUCAUGACCCGUUCAGAUCAAUGGGUCUCGACCCUAUCCAGCCAGGACAAUACAAACGCGAUCUCGUACCGUAUUUGCCGCAAUGCAGGAUAUUCCACUUCGCUGGCCAUGGUUAUACAGACAAGGCAAAUCCAUCCAAAAGUUGUUUGCUUCUUAGAGAUGGGAAAGAUGGGCCCCUUACAGUAGCUAAUCUUCUGGAAAUGAAUCUUCGAGAGUACUCACCAUUCCUUGCUUACCUUUCAGCUUGUGGAACUGGCCAGAUCAGAGAUGAGAGGUUCCUUGACGAGAGUAUUCACCUGAUCAGCGCCUUCCAGCUGGCAGGAUUCCGGCAUGUUAUUGGCACUCUCUGGAAGGUAGAUGACGAAACCUGUAUGGACAUGGCAAGGAUUACAUAUAAAACAAUGGCGGGUGGAAACAUGAAGGAUGAAUCAGUGUGUCAAGGCCUGCAUCAGGCUGCCCGGAGACUUCGUGAUCAUUGUCUCAAUAGGCCGUCAGUGAGUCAAACAGAGGUUGAUAACCUAGGUGGUCGGCAUGUUGGAAGCGACAGGUUACCACGAGACAUCAUUUGGUAUGAUUCCGACAUGGAUAGCAACGACGUUUACCAAGGUACAAGGUAUUUACCGUGGGUUCCAUAUGUUCAUUUUGGAGUCUGA